AAAGCAUUACAGAUUCUAAAAUAAUUAAACUAAAAUGUCUAUUCCAGAAUGGCUAACAAAAAAUUAUAUCGAGGAAGUGUUGAAAGUAUAUCACAAAGACUUAACGUUAAAAAUAGAAAAAUUUAAUAUAAAACCAGCAUUUGGCAAAGGUGAAAAUUUUGGCGGUUAUUUGACUAAAGCACAUGUGGUGUAUAAUUUGAAAAACGGACAAGAACAUAAAGAAAAUCAUUUCAUAUGCAAGACCUCAUAUGAAGAAGAUGAAUUUGCCAAAGAAAAAAUGGAACCUUACGAUAUUUUUAAUCGUGAGAUGUCAUUAUAUGAACUAGUUUUGCCCAAAAUCAAUGAUUUGUUAAAGGAAAUCAAUGAUUCAGAUCGUCUAUUUCCCACAGUAUUUCAUGUGGAUUACAAGAGACAGGCUCUUAUAUUUGAGGAUCUAACCGUGCAGGGUUAUGUUAUGGCUGAUCGUAUACAGAGACUCGAUAUGGAUCACAUAAAACUGGUAUUACAAAAAUUAUCUAAAAUGCAUGCCAGCUCAGCUGUAUUAAAUGAACGUAAUGGAGGUACUUUGGAAAAAUAUGAUCGUGGAUUUUUCAACAUAUAUACUGAUACUUAUAAAACUUAUUUUGUCAACACAUUUCUAUCGUGUGCUCGUUAUUUGCAACAACUGAAUGAUGAGGAAUCUCGUAAAUAUGCCCAGAAAAUGUUUGCCCUGGAACCCCACUACAUGGACAUUGGUAAGCGUUGUUUUGCCCCAACGAAUGGUCAUGUGAAUGUUUUGGCUCAUGGCGAUGUCUGGACAAACAAUGUCAUGUUUAAGUAUUGUGCAAAAAGUGGAAAACCCAUAGAUGCUUUACUGAUUGAUUUUCAAUACUCAUUUUGGGGUUCUCCCACUUUGGAUUUACAUCAUUUUUUCAAUACAUCCAUUAAAGAACCAUUGAGACUUCAUCAUCAAGAUGAAUUAUUUCAAAUGUAUCAUCAGCAAUUUACAGAUACAUUGAGACAACUAAAGUAUAAAUCGAAUCCAAUACCCAGCUUGAAACAGUUCAAAUUGCAGGUCGAACAAAAAAGAUUUUUUGCUGUUCAUUCAUCAGUUGUUAUACAACCUGUUAUGCUGAAUCAGGAUCCCACAGAUGCUGACUAUAAUUCUCUAAUGGGUGAAGAUGAUCGUGCCAUGAAUUUCAAACGCCGUUUAUAUAAUAAUCCCACAAUUCAAGAGAAUCUGAGGAAUCUUUUACCACUAUUUGAUAGCAGAGGACUUUUGGAAGUCAAUCAAUGAACUAUUAAUUAAAAAUUAUAAAAAGUGAUAUUUAUAUUGUUACAGCGGUGUUAAUAAACUUUAUUUUGUCAUCCCUAUUGCAUUUGCUUCUAUUAGAAAAA